AUGACGUUCAACCACAUAGAUUUUUAUGAUAUUCCUCAUGUAUCUUCAGCUUUAGAAACAAAAACAAAUUCACGUAUAAAUAAUUGCUCUAGCUCUGUGAGUAAAUUCAUUCUGUUAGGUUUCUCCUGCACCCGGGAUAUUCAGAUCCUCCUCAUUUCAAUCUUUUCUGGAACAUACAUCUCUACUCUAAUUGGAAACCUGUGCAUUAUCUGUGCGGUGAGAUGUGACCUUCGACUACAAACUCCAAUGUACAUCCUCCUGGCCAAUUUUUCCUUCCUGGAGAUGUGUUAUAUUAACGCUACUGUUCCCAAUAUACUAGCCAACCUUUUCUCUGAAAAGAAAACCAUCUCUUUCUCUGGCUGCUUCUUGCAGUUCUACUUCUUCUUUUCCAUGGGCACCACUGAGACUUUCUUCUUGUCUGUCAUGGCCUUUGACAGGUAUCUUGCGAUCUGCAGGCCCCUGCACUACGCCACCAUUAUGACUGUUCAGAGAUGCUUCAGAAUGGGUGCUUGUUGUUGGGUGUGCGGCUUUUUGUGCUUUCUUUUGCCUGUUUACUUGAUCUCUCAGCUCCCAUUUUGUUGUCACAAUACGAUAGAUCACUUUCUUUGUGACCCAGGACCCCUUAUAAAACUGUCCUGUUCACCAGCUCCCACCACUGAAAUGAUCUGUGCCCUGUAUAACUCAGUUCUCAUUUUCUCCACCUUCCUCUUCGUCACAAGCUCCUACACCUUGGUCAUCAGAGCUGUGCUCAGGGUCCCCUCAGCUGAAGGCCGGAAAAAGGCUUUCUCCACGUGUGGCUCCCAUCUGGCUGUGGUGUCCCUCUUCUAUGGCUCCAUCAUGGUUGUAUAUGUGAGUCCCACAGCAGGUAAUCCAGCAGGGAUGCAAAAAAUUGUGACUUUGUUCUAUUCUGUGUUAACACCACUUGUCAACCCUUUGAUCUAUAGUCUACGGAAUAAGGAGAUGAAGGAGGUACUGAGGAAAUUAUUCAGGACUGUGAGAUAG